AACUUGAUUGGGUCUGUACCGAACGAGUUGAAAGCACUAACAAAUUUGGUGCAAUUGAACCUAGAGGGAAACUUUAUCAGCGGACCAAUCCCAACUGUUUUCGGGCAGCUGCAAAAUCUUACGGUUUUGGAUCUGGACGCCAAUUCGCUGACGGGAGCGAUCCCUGACAGCCUCUACGAUGCGGAAGGACUAUCGGAAUUGGUUAUUCUAACGUUGACCUCGAACGAUUUUUUGGGUACCAUCCCCGAUGAAUACGCAAACAUAACGGCGCUGCAAGCUGUCGCCUUCCAGUCCAACCAGAUCAACGGAACAAUCCCGUCGUUUUUGGGAGCCUUGACGGAUCUUCGGACAAUCAACUUUUUCGACAACAAUCUUGAAGGCAACAUCCCGAGAGAAUUGGGGCUGCUGUCCAACCUCGAGAACUUGUUUCUUCACUUUAACUUUCUGAGCGGCACCAUGCCGAGUGAGAUCUGCGCACUGCGCCAGUUGAACCUGAGACAGCUGACG